AUGCAGACUGUCUGGUUUCCCGUCCCUGUCGUCGCCCUCUUUCGCCGCGUAGUCAACGUCGUCUCCGCCUUCUCCAUCUCCCAGCACUACCUCGCCCCCGACCAAUCCCCCUCGCCCUCCGACCCUCGUUAUUCCCUCCGAUGGCCGGCGUGGCUUCGUUAUGCAUCGAAUCACAGUCCUCAAGGCUUCCGCCGUAUGCUCCAUGUGGACUCGCACACCACAUACCCCGAGCCCAGCGCAUAUACCGACCGAACCCAGGUCAACGAUCUUCCACCACACGGCAAGCCUUCUUCAGAUCCAGAACACCAAGACCAGAUACACCGUCUGAUCCACCAUCCUGCUCUAUAUGAUCCUGUCCGCACGCCCCGCUAUCCCAUAGUGCUUUGCCAUGGCCUCUAUGGGUUUGAUGUACGAGGGCCUUCUGCGUUCCCCAUCUUGCAGCAGCAUUAUUGGUCGAACGUUUUGGCUGUUCUUCGGAAGAGUGUAGGAGCUGAGGUUUUGGUCACCGGAGUGCCAAGCACUGGUUCUGUCUUUUCCCGCGGAGACAACCUCGACCAGUUCCUCCGCAGCAAGGCCCCGGCAAGAGGGAUUAACUUCCUUGCGCACUCCAUGGGUGGCCUCGAUUGCCGAUACCUCAUCUCUCACAUCAAGCCCACCGAGUACGCUCCGCUCUCCCUCACCACCAUCGCCACCCCGCAUCGAGGAAGUCCUUUCAUGGACUGGUGCAGCCAAUACCUUGGAUUGGGCCAACGCAAGGAAGAUCUCCCGUCGGGGCACUCUCUUUCGGAACCGUCCACCACUCGCGCUGAACCAACGACGGAGGAGAAGCAGGAACGAGCAGCUUCUGUCAAGACCCUCCUGUCGCUUGCGUCUCUUCCAUCUUCCUUCACCACCCUCCUGCUCUCUCUCCUCGAUUCUCCCGCAUAUGCCAACCUCACCACGCACUACCUCAACACCGUCUUCAACCCCAACACGCCAGACGACCCGUCUGUCAAGUACUUCAGCGUCGCCGGUCGCUGCCCGGGAAUGAACAUCUGGCAUCCCCUCUGGCUCCCCAAGCUCGUGCUGGACGGCUUCGAGGAACGCGAACGCGCCCGCUUGCGCACCAACUCCCACCCGCUCGCAGAACUCGACUCAGGGUGGGGUAACGACGGCCUCGUCACCGUCCAAAGCGCGCGCUGGGGCGAGUUCCUAGGCGUGCUCGACGGCUGCGACCACUGGGAGAUCCGCGGCGCGCGCGGCAUCGACGUCGACCUGCCCUCGCUCCCCGGCGCGGACGGCUGGGCGCUCGGCGACUGGGGCAAGUUCGUGCGUGCGUGGAAGCGCGAGGAGAAGGAGGCGGCGGCGAAGGGCGCGGGCGCGCGCAUGAGCGAAGAGCUUCACGAGGCGAGCGAACGGCUGAGGUCGGAUCGGAGGGAAGACGCGCGUUGGGGGCGCACGCGGCCACAGGACAGGGCGGAGAUGGACUCGGACGAGGUCGUGCGGAGCUCGACGGCCAAGGUGUCGGCCAUCUUCGACUGGAUCGUGGACCAAGUCCCCAGUCCUGGCAGUGGCGCCCAUGCGUCCUCGCCCGCGCCCUCGCCCGCAGGCUCCGCGUCUGCUAGCCCUGCGGAGUCCGGUGCGAACGUGACGCGCGCGAAGAGCGAGAAGCCUGUCCAGCGCAACGACCUCGCGACGAAGAUGGAUCUCGAGCGGUUCUACGUCGCGCUCUGUCGGAAACUGUAUGACGAGGGCCUGUAG